ACCUAUAAUCCUAACAAACAGUGUAUUCUUUUCGUACUGAACACUCAGUACAGAUAAAAAAAACAACAUCUGUAACUUCAAAACCGAGAUAUAUUUACUACAAGAAAGGCUCAUCAUUGGCUAAAAUUUUAUUUAGCAAACCCAAAUGGCUAGCCAAUCAAGUGAGAGACUUGCCAUUUCCAUCGCACGCCAAUGUACUGACGUCAAAAUCGUGAAUGGAAUGACUUUGUACAAAUUGCCACUAAGAAGGAACUGGACCUUUUCGGAGUCGUCCGACAUUGUCAAGCGAUACUCUUUUGGCAGUGGUUGGCAUACUACUAGCACAGAUAAAACUAUUUUGCUAAUGGGAGCCACAGGAUCAGGAAAAACCACUUGGAUCAACGCCAUGAUCAAUUACAUUUUAGGGGUCGAAUGGAACGAUAAUUUCCGUUUUGUUCUCGUCGACGAAGAGGUCAAUAGAAAUCAAGCGCACAGUCAAACCCAAGGAGUCACAGCCUACGACAUCCACUACCGAGCUGGAUUCCGCAUUCCAUUUUCUCUGACUAUCGUCGAUACACCAGGAUUUGGUGACACGCAAGGAAUUAAGCGAGACAGUGACAUCACAUCGGCCGUUAAGAAAUUCUUUGAAGAUGAAAAUGGCAUUGAGGAAUUGGACGCUGUUGGUUUCGUCGUCCAAUCUGCACUCGUCCGUCUAACAGCUUCACAACAAUACAUUUUCAACUCGGUAUUGUCCAUUUUUGGCAAAGACAUUAAAGAAAACAUUCGGUUUCUUGCCACCUUCGCAGACGGAAAUCGACCACGCGUCUUAGAUGCCAUCAAUGAGGCACAACUUCCUUGCCGGAAGGACAGGAACGGAUUGCCUUGCCACCAGAAAUUCAACAACGGCGCCAUCUACUCCAACAACAAAGAUGAGGACGAUGACUAUUCACUCAUCGAAUGGAAGAGUGGAAUGAAAAAUUUCAAGUUGUUUUUUGACGAAUUAUUUGACAUGCCAACUAAAUCGCUUCAAAUGACUUUAGAAGUGUUGGAGAACAGAAAGCAACUGGAAAUCAAACUCAAAUGGAUGCAGGACGCUAUCCCACGACAUUUGACCAAAAUGGAAGAGUUACGAACUAAAGAAGCACUCAUGGAGCGGCACAAAGUAGAAGUCGACGCCAAUCAACAUUUUGAAAUCAAAGUGCCAGUUUCCAAGAAAGUCAAAGUCAAUGUCGAUUGCCUGGCAGCCAUGAACUGUACAAAAUGUGAAACAACCUGCCACUAUCCAUGCGAUCCAGUUUAUGCAAAGAGUUGGUGCCCAGCAUUUUCUUCGGAGCAAUUAGCUGAUGGCGGUAUCAUACAAACUGUUAGUAUAUUACUCGAAAGAGCGGUAAUUCCAUUUCGUGAGGCGAAUUGCAAAAUCUGUCCUGGCAACUGCAGCAGCAAUGACCACAAAAACGAAGUACAGCGCUGGAUCUACAAACAAGUGGAGGAGACACAAACCCUAGAAGACAUUCGUGAAAAGUAUGAAACAGCAAAAGGAAAUAAGAUGGACGCAGAAGAACUGGUGGCAGCUCUGAAAUGCGAUGUCGAUAUUUUGAAAAAGGAUAUCGUCAAAGCCAUCGACGAAAUCAAAAACUUGCAUAAUAAAUUGAAAAAGAAUGCGCUACAUGGCAACCCGCUCACCACUCCCGAGUAUAUCCGGAUGCUGAUUGACAACGAGAAAGCAGAACACAAAGAUGGAUUCGCGGAAAGAAUCAAGAGUUUGGAGGAACUGCUGCCAUUGGCCAAACUGACCGAUGACAUUGUGGAAGAUACAGACAAAUUUCAACAGCUGAUGUUGAUUUAGCAAUUCACAUCGGCCCAUGUGCGUUAUUACCCAUACCGAUGUAUCUAUUGAUAGCAUUGUCGUCAAUCUUAAUUUUCUGCUCUUAAUAGCCACAUAAGACACAUUUCCUCAAUGUGUACUACAUGGGAGCUAAAUUCUGAAUACAUUAUGAACCACUUAA